AUGCGUUCUUUCUUCUUUGCCUCCAUUCUUAUUCCUUUGAGUGUACUGGCCGUGCCAGUUCUAAGGCGUGACGAUAAAUCCACAUUGCUUGCACUUCAAUUCGCACAUGUUCUGGAGCAGCUUGAGACUGCAUUCUAUCAACAGGCUCUUGCCAAGUUCCAACCCAGCGACUUCACGAACGCUGGAUUCAACUCCGCCGACAUCCCGGUUCAGCAAUUCAUGACGAUCCGAGGCGACGAGGCAUCUCACACAACCGCAUUGGAGGGGGCAAUAACAUCGUUGGGAGGAACGCCCAUAUCUUCAUGCCAAUUCGACUUCACCUCUGCCCUCACAAACGUGAAAACCAUGGCUGCCGUUGCUCGACUUGUCGAGAACGUUGGAGUUUCUGCUUACCUUGGAGCCGCUUCUCUAAUCACCUCACCUCAGUUGCUAAGCGUCGCGGCAUCAAUUUUGACCAUCGAAGCUCGGCAUCAGUCAAUUCUCAACGUACUCAAUAGAGGGUCCAGCAUAGCGGCUGCGUUUGAUAUGGCUUUGAGCCCUUCACAAGUUCUUGCUAUGGCUGGGCCGUUCAUCUCCGGGUCAAAUCCUGUUCUCACUGUUACAAGCAAUGGCACGGUUGGUCCCGGAACGAAAUUGACGUUCUCUUCCCCUGCUAUUGAUAAUUCUCCUUUGACUACCAAUCUUACGUGUCAGAUGAUGCUUGGUGGUGCACCCAUGGCUAUCGCUCUCCCCUUCGACCAGUGCAUAGUCCCCAAUGGCAUUAACGGUCUCGUGUAUCUUUACAUCACUAAUACAUCCCAACCACUUCUCCAAGACCUCACACAUCAGUUCUCAGGAUCCAUCGUCGCCGGCCCUACGGGAGCAUUCAUCGACACACAACCUGAGGCGCUUUCUGAGGCGCUUUUUAAUAACAGCACCGCUGGCAGUGGUGCUGGUGAAACCACCAUCCCCAGCACUCCUGGUCCCAUCAGCACUCCUUCCGCUCCACCGACAAACACAGACAUACCAACAUCCAGUGGAAGUGGAACCAGUUCUACUCCCACCAUUACCUCCGCACCAUCUCCUGCGCCUUCGAUUCCAUCGGAUGCUGGUAAUGGCAUUCUUCCAUUCACGACGUCCACACUCCUGUCUCCUGAUCAGGCAAGCUCACUCAUGAUGAGCUUAAUGUCAUCCACCUCAACGGAUUCGUCUUAG